AUGCUGAACUCCGGUGCCUCACUCUUGACAGUCACUCUUCUGGCUCAGGCUGCCGCUGCGGAGACGGUGCUGGGUGCCUACAUCUUCUCUCGCCAUGGGGACCGGACAUCCAAGUCGACUCCCCCCACCGUCCUGACGGAUCUGGGAUACAGCCAGGUCUUCUCGUCUGGCAAAUACUAUCGCAACCGAUACAUCUCUUCCUCUUCUUCCUCUCAGGUGCUAGGAAUCAGCCCAGAUAUCAUCGCUCCGGGCGAGAUCACUGCCUCUGCGCCCCAGGACGAGGUCCUCCAGAAGUCUGCCCUCGCCUUCUUCCAGGGUCUCUACCCGCCAGCCGGCAAGGAGGCAAAGACGACGCUGCGCAAUGGCACAGUCGUCGAGGCCCCCAUGGACGGAUACCAGCUCAUCGCCAUCGAGCAGGUCCAGUCUGGCUCCAACAGUGAGAAUGUGGCAUGGCUGCAGAGCGCGAGCGCAUGCCAGAAUGCCAAAAUCAGCAGCAACAACUACUUCAUCUCAAACGAGUACAAGGACCUCCUCAAGUCUACCGAGGGCUUCUACAAGUCUCUCACUCCCAAGCUGAACCAGAUCUUUCCAGCAGACAAGAUCAACUACAAGAACGCAUAUGCCAUCUUCGACGUGCUGAACGUCGCAUCCAUCCACAAUGCAUCAGACUCGUCCCCGCCCACUAAGCUGUUGGAGGAUGAUGUUUACUCGGAGUUGCUGUCCCUGGCUAACGUCCACGAGUACAGCCUGGCAUUCAAUGCCUCGGACUCCAUCCGUGCAGUCAGCGGAUCCCUACUGGCCGGCGAGGUGCUCAACUCCUUCAUGGACACCAUCAAAUCACACAAGACCAAGCCAAAGGUCAAUGUCCAGUUCGGUGCAUACGCCACUUUCCUCUCCUUCUUUGGUCUGUCUAAGCUGUCUGCUGUCAACAACGACUUCAAUGGCAUCCCGGACUAUGCUUCCACCAUGGCCUUUGAACUCGUCACCAACGCCAGCACGUCCUCAUCCGACUCCUUCCCAGCCGAGUCAGACAUUAGCGUACGCUUCCUCUUCCACAAUGGAACCACCAUCCCCGGCUCAGCUGACACCGAGCCAACCGUCUACCCUCUUUUCGGCCAGGAGAAGACUCUCCUUCCUUGGUCCGACUUUGUCUCGCAUAUGAAGGAUAUCGCCAUCACCUCGCAGGAUGACUGGUGCAAGGCCUGCGGUAGUGCCAGUGAAGGUUGUCCUGAUGCUCACAAUGGCGGCUCAUCCGGUCCUUCUACUUCGGCCAAGAGUGACAGCGGUAUCUCCAGGCCAGUAGCUGGUGUAAUCGGUGCAAUGGUCACCCUUGCAGUCGUCUUGGGUGUGCAGGCCAUCGUCUUCUUUGUUGGCGGGUUCACCGUCGCUCGCAAGAGUAAGCGUGCAAGCAGUGUUGAUGAAAUGACCAAGGGAUCUGUCUGA